CUGAGGCGGUGUUCUCUCCUCCCGGAACAUGGCGCUGUACAGGACGGGGAUGUGCCGGCGGCUGAUGAAUGGAGGAGACCGGCGGCUGGUCAGUAUAACACUGUACCAGCCAUGCCAUCUGUCAACAAACCAGAAACCACAAAGCGUUCUGUCUGUUAUAACUUCUAAGGCCAGACAUCUAAAUGCAAGAUAUGAGCAGUUUUUGGAAAGAAAGUUCCCCAAUUUUUAUAUAUUGUAUUCCACUUUUAUGAAAGGUUCACGGAUGUUGCUGAUAGAAGCCAAAGAAGUACGCGAGAUCAAGGUGAAUAUGAGAAGUCGGGGAUUAAAAUUUCACCAGCUGACCUACAGGGAAAUGGAGAAGCUGAGGCAGUUCCGAAGAGAUAUUAUCAAAGCUGCACCAGUGGUGAUCAUUUCCAUUCCUCCCUUCGCCAAUUACCUUGUCUUUGUGCUGAUGUAUUUCUUCCCUCGCCAGCUGUUAAUCCGCCAUUUUUGGACCCCCAAACAACAACCGGAAUUUCUGGAAAUUUACCAUAGCAUGAGAAAGGAGGUCUACAAGGAUGUACUAGAAAGUUUACAAAUUGCUGCUUCUAAAGUCUCUGCGGAGCCUCUGCACAAUCAUAUGGUCCAAUUGUUCACACAGGUGCAGCGUGGAGUUCACCCCCAGUUGACGGACAUUGAAGCCAUCAAAGCAGCUUUUUCAGGCCCUCCUCUCUCUAUGACAGAGCUCGAUGGGAUUCAAAUGAAAGCUUUAAGCCGCAUUUUGUUCCUGACACCGCACCUCCCAGCCUUCUUCCUGCAGCGCCGGCUCAAAUCGCACAUUUUAGAGAUCCGCCACCUGGACGCUGCGCUGCUCCAACUCAGGGUCGAUGAACUGACUGAUGAGGAAGUAAAAAGGGCGUGUUACAUCAGAGGGCUGAAUGGUGCUCAUCUUGGUGCAGAAGCUUGCAGAAGGUGGUUAAGCUGCUGGAUCCAACUGUCUGGAAAAUUAGAAGUGUCUGAGGCAUCCUUAUUGUUGCACAGCAUGGUCCUUCUAUCUACAAACUACCACCAGUCCAUUAAAGAUUGAUUUUCCUCUAGAAACAUGAACAAUGAUAGCUUGAAUGUUCUGCUCUGCUACAGA